UUUUUUCUUUUUUUUCUCUCAUCCAAUAUUCUGUAAAAUUAUUACAUUAUUAUUACGAUGGAUUCAAAAUUUUCUUUCUUAUUAAAUUUAAUGAUUUUGAUCCAAUUCCCUGUAACAAUUAUAUGUUUUAUUAUUGGAUUAUGGAAAUUAAUUGAAUUUAAUAUGUAUAAUAUCCAAUUAAAGAAUCUUAAUUUGGAGUUCGCUUAUUUUCUUCUUGGAUUUUUAAAUAUCGUAUUUUCUGGACGUGUAUGUUAUUCUAUGGUAAAGAAAAGAUCAUUACAAUCGUAUAUUCUGGGAAUAAGUUGUUUUUCUUUAUGCUGGAUAAUAUUCGCAGGAAUUUAUACGAUCAUUUCAUAUAAAGAAUUGAUUGGAAUACCAUUCAUGUGCCCAUCAAAUUUUCCUUAUAAAUAUCCAGUACUUCUUCAUAUUUGUAAAAUUAAUACUAUAAAUUUAAUUAGUUUAUGGAUUUUAGGUAUUUGUUCAUUAUUAACUAUGAUUUGCGCUUGUUGUUUCGUACGACAAAUUUUAAAAAGUGUCAUAAUAGAUGAAAAAGGUGAAAACAAUGGGCAGGAAAAUGAACGUAAAAUUUUUACAGAACCGUAAAAAACGUUCUAUAUAGUAUCAAAUACUAUUUAUGUACAUACAAUAAAAAUUUCGGGAGUAAAAAGAAACUCGGGUACUAUAUUGUACAUGGCGUGCAUUCUAAAAGGGGGGAAGAGUGCAUAUAUAUUAGAAGGUGUUUAUGCACUUAUGCUAUUAU